AUGGCUGCUCCACUUAAUCUCGAAGAAGGUCAGUCGUCACACAGACCUCCUCGUUUCAAUGGACAUUUCUACAGUUGGUGGAAAGUUAGAAUGCAUGACUACCUCAUGGCUGAAGACAGCGAGUUAUGGGAUAUUGUACUGGAUGGACCAUUUGUUCCAAUGAUGGAUAAAAAGGAUGGAGAGAAGACUAUUACUGUUCCAAAGCCUAGGCAGAAAUAUGACGAAGCUGACAGGAAAAAGAUUGAAAAAGGUUUCAAAGCUAAAACUCUUCUGGUUUGUGGGAUAGGACCUGAUGAGUAUAACAGAGUGUCAGCCUUUGAGUCUGCUAAAGAAAUUUGGGGUUGCUUGAAGACUGCACAUGAAGGAACUGAACAAGUCAAAGAAUCUAAGAUUGACAUGCUUACCUCACAAUAUGAGAACUUCAAAAUGAAGGAAGGAGAAACAAUACAUGACAUGUUCACCAAGCUGUCUUCCAUUACAAAUGAGCUGCGAAGUCUGGGUGAACCUAUAAGCAUGACCAAACAAGUCAGGAAAGUGCUUCGAAUUCUUCCAAAGUCUUGGGAGAGCAAAGUUGAUGCCAUUACAGAAGCCAAGGACUUGAAGGUGCUGACUAUGGAUGCUUUGAUUGGUAAUCUGAAAACACAUGAGAUGAAUCGAAACUAUGAUUUGUCAAAGAAGGAAGCCAAGAAGGACAAGUCAUUGAUGCUAAAGUAUAAAUCAGAUGAAGAUUCAAGUGAUGAUGAUGAUAUGGCAUACCUCAUUAGUAGAUUUCAAAAAAUUGUGAGGAGAAACAAAAUUUAUAAAAAGGGAACUAAUGGGACUCGAAAUGCUGCUCAAGGUGAUACUUGCUACAAGUGUGGAAAAUCUGGGCAUUUCAUCAGAGAGUGUCCUUUGCUUAAGAAUGAAAACAAGGAACAUCAAAAACACAGGGGUGACAAGGAAAACAGAAGGGACCUGGUACCUGGUAACAGAGAUCGUAAAGCUGCUGCUGAUAUGGUUGUCAAAAGGGCUCUUGCUGCAUGGGGGGAUUCUUCUAGUGACUCAGAAGAUCCUGAUGAGCCAAAGGAUGUGUCAAUGGUUGCUGUGCAUGAGGAGGGAACUGUCUUCAAUGAAAUAACCUUGGCAAAAGUCAUGUUAGAUUCUGUGAUAGAGUUAACAUCUGAAAGAGAUACCAUGAUUGUUGAACUUGAAAUUUUAACUGAAAACAAAGGUCAAUUUGAAGACACAAUGUCAAGAAUGGCGUCUCUAGAGUUAAAUAACUCUGAACUUAAGAAUCAGUUGUGUCAGUUUACUGAAGAAGCUGAAAAGCUGAAUGGAAAGCCAAAUGGAUUGCAAGCUGAAAUUCAUGAAAAAUUGAAGAACUCUGAGACAAAUCUCAGGUUGUCACUUGAAAAGAAUAACAAAUUAGAACAGGAUAUUGUGAAACUUAAGGAGGAACUUGAAAAAUCUCUUAAGUGGACCAAAUCCUCAAAGUUGCUGUCAAAUGUGACAAAUCAGAGUAAUUUUAAUAAGAAAGGACUAGGAAGUCUGAACAUAAGUCCUCCUUAUAAUCCUCAUAGUAAGUAUGUGUUUGUGUCUGACAAUCUGUUGUGUUUGCAUUGUGGUAAGAAUGGACAUUUGAAGAAUGAGUGUGUUAAUUGGAGAAACUCAUGUGAAAGAUACUCUAAUUAUGCUGAAAGACAAAAUGCACCAAAUGAGAGACCUGGUCCUACAGAGCCUGUCUCAACUCACAGAUUUUCAAAGAAAAAAUCUGUUCAUGCUCCUAGGUCUUUUGUUAGAAAGAUUCAAAGUCUACCAUAUUGGACCAAGAACUAUCUGAUCACUCCUUUGUCUGCCUACUGGGAACUCAAGCUGAAAUGGAACUUCCUCUCACUCAAGACCCUCCAAGGAGGAGGUGUCUCAUUUGGUGAUGGCAAGAAGGGGUACAUUUUGGGAGUUGGCAAAGUAGGAAGAUCUCUUGAAGAUUCAAUUGACAAUGUUUACCAUGUGGAUGGGUUGAAGUACAGCUUGUUGAGUGUGUCACAAAUCUGUGACAAAGGGAAUGAGGUCAAAUUCACUUCUGAGAAAUGCACUGUGGUGAGUCUAACUACAAACAAAGUAAUUCUCACUGCACACAGAAGUAAAAAUAUGUAUGUGGCAAACUUAGAAGCAUCUCAUGGAGAUGAUCUGACAUGUCUUAGUGCUCAGAAUGAGAAUGCUGAUCUCUGGCAUCGUAGACUGGGGCAUGUAAGCUCAUCUUUAUUGAACAAACUGAUUUCUAAGGACCUGGUCCGAGGUCUGCCCAAACUGAAGUUUGCUGAAAAUAAAAUCUGUGAAGCUUGUGUUAAAGGAAAACAGAUCAGAUCAUCUUUUAAGCCCAAAAAUCAAGUAACAUCAUCAAGAACACUAGAGCUGCUUCAUAUGGACUUGUGUGGACCCCUGAAGGUUCAAAGCAGAAAUGGCAAGAAGUACAUCUUGGUGAUUGUUGAUGAUUAUUCAAGAUACACCUGGACAAGAUUUUUGAGAUCAAAGGCAGACACAGCUGAAGAGUUGGUGGUAUUCUUUAAAAUGAUUCAAACCAAAUUGAAUCAAGUUGUUUGCAGCAUUCGAUCUGAUCAUGGCACAGAGUUUGAAAACUCAACACUGGAUAGAUUCUGUAUUGAAAAUGGUACAAGCCACAAUUUCUCUGCUCCAAGAACUCCUCAACAAAAUGGAGUAGUGGAAAGGAAGAACAGAACCUUGGUGAACAUUGCCAGAACUAUGAUUAUUGAAUCAAAUCUUCCUCAAAGUUUCUGGGCUGAAGCUGUUAACACAGCAUGCCAUAUGUUUUGUGCUGAAUAA